AUGGGAAUGUUUUCCUGGCCCGAGGCAAAGUUGACUGCCAAAGGACGCCAUCAAGCCGAACUGGUUGGAGAGACCCUCAAGAGCCUUGGGUUGAAGUUUGAUCUUGCAUUCACCUCUGGGUGGAUACGUGCUCAAGAGAGUAUUGAAAUCGUUCUGGAAGCCCUUGAUCACAAAUAUAUUCCACUUGUGAAGGCCCCAGCCCUCAACACCCGAAGCUACGGAAGUCUGGGUGGCCGGUUCAAAGAAGAUGUCCGCAAGGAGUAUGGUGACCAACAAGUCAAAUACUGGGAUAGCACCAAAUUCCAUAAUUUUCCAGAUAAUCGACCUCCAGAGGGUGAGACUUUGAAAGAAGGUGACGAACGUGCCAAGGCCUACUACAAUAAGCAAAUAAAGCCCGAAGUCCUAGCCGGAAAAACUAUCCUAAUUCUUAUUCACGAAAACCCCGUUCUGCAGGGUCCUCGAGAGGAUUAUGUCUUGAGUUUUAGAAUACUAGACAUGCACAUGGGACAAGCACCUGUUGAAGAAAGUCAAACAUGCCCAUUUGUAUAGUGGCCUGUGCUUUGGGCUGAACGUCCCACUUGAGUUGAAUUUAUAGGACAAAAAUGUGUAAAAAUGAUGCAAUCGAUUACUUUAUUGAAACAGUGUUA